CUCUCCCUUGUGGAUCCUACCUGCAAUCCUCAGCCCAGGAACAGAAGUCCCGCCUACCUCUGCUCUCCCCAGUAAUUGGCUGUCAGCCACUUUUAUUCAACCAAUCAGAGAACACAGGCGAGCAUAGUUUGCUGAGCAUCAUUUGGUGUGCCUGAGAACUUCCUCUAGGCUGCCACCAGGUCUUGGGGGCCAGUAUUUAGCAUUAGAAUACAUAGCAGCACCAGACCAACUCCCAACAAAAGACUGAUUUAAAAAAUAACCCAGCCACAUGUGGUCUUACGGGGUUGGAGGCUGAGGAGGCCAGAGGGUCAUGAAGUGGAGGGCAACCUAAAGCACAUCUGUUGGCUCUCAUAACAGCCAACCAAAGAACUUUUAAAUCGCUUCAUUGGAAAUAAGUGCCAUUCACCAUGUGACACAAAUGACAGAAUCUUCCAGAAGAUGUGAUGUAGCAGCCUAAGGAGAGAGUCCUGGAUCAGUGCUCCACACAGCUGUAUCAUUACAAAUGAGUGGGGUGGGGGGCUUGGUCAAUGGGGCAAUAAAACGGAUAUAUUCAUCUAUAUUUUAGUAUGUAUAUUAAAAGUUGUACAGAUUAAAAAUACCUGAAAAUGUAUACAAGUAAACAUAGGGGUGUUUUUUUCUUUUUUUUUUUAUGACUUUUAAGGUAAAAUAUUUCUUGACAAGAAAAGGCAGAAACCAAAAGUGUUUAAAGUCCAGAACCAUCCAUGAAAUACGCUCCAGUGUGUGUGUCCUCGUGCCAUGUCAGGUUGGCACAGAGUAAAUUUGUCAGUUCCAGCUCUUUGUAAGGGCAUGAAGCAAUAGGGAGUCAAUAGACUGCCCCUCUUGGCUGCUGUAAACGUUUGAAACCAUUUGAAAAACUAUUUUGCAAUACCUGGUGAAACUGAAGAUAAAUAUGCCAUUACCUCAGAGUUUCAGUGUCUCCUUACAGACACUGAACAUGUGUGGGCAGAGAGACCCAGAAACUGUGAGCACAUGUGGGUGGGGAGCCCCUCCAGGAACCAUGAAUGGGGAGGGGGCUGAGCACGUCAAGUUCAAAUCAAAGUAACUGCUGGAGAUGCUGGGGAGGGCGAGCCCACGGGAGCCCUGCCCAUCCUGAGAGAAUCUUAAGUCAACAGAAAGUUAGCUAUAGUUGGGUGGUUUCUUGUCACAUGGUCCAGCAGCAUGCCUAACUACAUAUUAUGGGAUAUGUAGUUACGUUUCUGGCAUUCAGUAAAGUUUGUUUUUGUUUAUUUGGGAGUUUUUGUGUGGGCUUGUGGGUUUUGUUGUUUUUGAGACAGUCUCAGAAUUGGCUCCAAACUCAGUAUAUCCCAAAGGUUGGCCUUGAACUCCUGAUCGCUUAUCUCUACAUUAUCUCUACAUGCUAGAAUCAAAAGCAUGCACCCACGAGCCUGGCUCAAAGUUGUUUUUGAUUCUGUGUUUUUAAAGAUAUCCCCUUGGUGUAGCUUUUUUUGCUUGUGGUGUUUUAAAACAGCACACAGAGUAAUGAGCUACACGGUGGAAUUUUCUUGUUCUUACAUAUAUAGCAAUAUACUUUGUUCAUAUUUGCAUCCUUACUUCAAAAACCCAGUAAGCUCCACGGGAUACAUCUUGAAACAAAGGGAAGCAUGGGGACUCAUGUCAUCCUCAUACUCUAGGGACUGAGGCAGGAGGAUUGAGGGCUCCAAACAGAACACAUCAGUGCUUACACACAGGAAAAUGUCCUUGCCAGCCAGGAUGGAGGCCAAGUGGAAUCUGUCCCACCCCUUGUCACACUGGCUAACCUGCCUGUCUGGGGUAAGCAGUGACCGUACAGCUGUGUCCUGGGAGUUUAGGGGAAGGUGAUCCCAGGAAGGCUGUCCCAACGAUGUACAAUGCCUGCCGUGAUGUGGAGGCGCCUUCCAGUAACGAGAAGGCCUUAGGACUCUUGUGUGGGAGGGAUGCCCGUGCCUGCAAUGCCACCAACUGGAUUGAGUACAUGUUCAAUAAAGACAACGGACAAGCGCCAUUUACCAUCAUUCCCAUGUUUUCAGAUCUUUCAAUCCUUGGGAUGGAGCCCAUGAGAAAUGCCACCAAAGGCUGCAACGAGUCUAUAGAUGAGGUCACGGGGCCAUGUAGCUGCCAGGACUGUUCCGUCGUCUGUGGCCCCAAGCCCCAGCCCCCACCCCCUCCUAUGCCCUGGAGGAUCUGGGGCUUGGAUGCCAUGUAUGUCAUCAUGUGGGUCACCUACGUGGCAUUUCUGUUUGUGUUUUUUGGAGCACUGUUGGCAGUGUGGUGCCACAGAAGGCGGUACUUUGUGUCUGAGUACACUCCCAUUGACAGUAACAUCGCCUUUUCUGUGAAUAGCAGUGACAAAGGGGAAGCCUCAUGCUGUGACCCACUUGGUGCAGCAUUUGAUGACUGUCUGAGGCGCAUGUUCACAAAGUGGGGGGCUUUCUGUGUCCGAAAUCCCACCUGCAUCAUUUUCUUCUCAUUGGCCUUCAUCACUGUGUGCUCUUCUGGCCUGGUGUUUGUCCAGGUCACCACCAAUCCUGUAGAGCUCUGGUCAGCCCCUCACAGUCAGGCCCGCUUGGAAAAGGAGUACUUUGACAAGCACUUUGGGCCUUUCUUUCGCACGGAGCAGCUUAUCAUCCAGGCCCCCAACACCAGUGUUCAUAUCUACGAACCGUACCCCGCAGGAGCCGAUGUACCCUUUGGGCCUCCAUUGAACAAAGAGAUCCUGCACCAGGUUCUGGACUUACAGAUCGCCAUUGAAAGCAUUACCGCAUCUUACAACAAUGAAACCGUGACACUGCAGGACAUUUGUGUGGCCCCUCUCUCUCCAUACAACAAGAACUGCACCAUUAUGAGUGUGUUAAAUUACUUCCAGAACAGCCAUGCGGUGCUGGACAGCCAAGUAGGCGAUGACUUCUUUAUCUACGCCGAUUACCACACACACUUUCUGUACUGUGUACGGGCUCCCGCCUCCUUGAAUGAUACGAGUUUGCUCCACGGUCCUUGCCUGGGUACAUUUGGAGGACCGGUGUUCCCGUGGCUUGUGUUGGGUGGCUAUGAUGAUCAGAACUACAACAAUGCCACCGCACUUGUGAUUACCUUCCCUGUGAAUAAUUACUACAAUGACACAGAGAAGCUCCAGAGGGCCUGGGCCUGGGAGAAAGAGUUUAUUAGUUUUGUGAGAAACUACAAGAAUCCAAAUCUGACCAUUUCUUUCACGGCUGAGCGAAGCAUCGAAGACGAGCUCAAUCGGGAAAGUAACAGUGACGUGUUCACCGUCAUCAUCAGCUACGUCGUGAUGUUUUUGUACAUUUCCCUCGCCCUGGGUCACAUCCAGAGCUGCAGCAGGCUCCUGGUGGAUUCUAAGAUCUCGCUGGGCAUUGCGGGGAUUCUGAUCGUGCUGAGCUCGGUGGCCUGCUCGCUGGGCAUCUUCAGCUACAUGGGGAUGCCGCUGACCCUCAUCGUCAUUGAGGUCAUCCCAUUCCUGGUGCUGGCUGUCGGGGUAGACAACAUCUUCAUUCUAGUGCAGACCUACCAGAGAGAUGAGCGUCUUCAGGAGGAAACGCUGGAUCAGCAGCUGGGCAGGAUCCUUGGAGAAGUGGCCCCUACCAUGUUCCUUUCAUCCUUUUCUGAGACCUCAGCAUUUUUCUUUGGGGCGCUGUCCUCCAUGCCAGCUGUGCACACCUUCUCUCUGUUUGCGGGAAUGGCCGUCCUCAUUGACUUCCUCCUUCAGAUUACCUGCUUUGUGAGCCUGUUGGGGUUAGAUAUUAAGAGGCAAGAGAAAAACCACCUGGACAUCCUGUGCUGUGUCAGAGGCGCUGACGACGGACAAGGCACCCACGCCUCCGAAAGCUACCUGUUUCGCUUCUUCAAAAACUACUUUGCCCCCCUUCUGCUGAAGGACUGGCUGAGGCCAAUUGUGGUAGCGGUGUUUGUGGGCGUCCUGUCAUUCAGUGUUGCGGUGCUGAACAAAGUAGACAUCGGGCUGGACCAGUCUCUCUCAAUGCCAAACGAUUCGUAUGUGAUUGACUAUUUCAAAUCACUCGGUCAGUACCUGCACUCGGGCCCACCCGUGUACUUUGUCCUGGAGGAAGGCUAUAACUACAGUUCACGCAGAGGGCAGAACAUGGUGUGCGGCGGCAUGGGCUGUGACAAUGACUCCCUGGUGCAGCAGAUAUUUAACGCAGCUGAGCUGGACACCUACACCCGAGUAGGCUUCGCUCCCUCGUCCUGGAUUGAUGAUUACUUUGACUGGGUCUCGCCACAGUCGUCCUGCUGCAGACUCUACAACGUCACUCACCAGUUCUGCAAUGCUUCUGUGAUGGACCCAACCUGUGUCCGCUGCAGACCUCUGACUCCAGAGGGUAAACAGAGGCCUCAGGGGAAAGAAUUCAUGAAAUUCCUGCCCAUGUUCCUUUCUGAUAACCCCAACCCCAAGUGCGGCAAAGGGGGACAUGCUGCUUACGGUUCAGCUGUUAACAUUGUGGGAGAUGACACUUAUAUUGGGGCCACUUACUUCAUGACCUACCACACCAUACUUAAGACCUCUGCUGACUAUAUUGAUGCCAUGAAGAAAGCUCGGCUAAUAGCCAGUAACAUCACAGAAACCAUGCGUUCUAAGGGGAGUGACUACCGCGUAUUCCCUUACAGUGUGUUCUACGUCUUCUACGAACAGUACCUGACCAUUAUUGAUGACACCAUCUUUAACCUCAGUGUGUCUCUGGGCUCCAUAUUUCUGGUGACCUUGGUGGUUCUGGGCUGUGAGCUGUGGUCUGCGGUCAUCAUGUGUAUCACCAUAGCCAUGAUCCUGGUCAACAUGUUCGGUGUCAUGUGGCUGUGGGGCAUCAGUCUGAAUGCUGUCUCCUUGGUCAACUUGGUGAUGAGCUGCGGCAUUUCUGUGGAGUUCUGCAGCCAUAUAACGAGAGCAUUCACGAUGAGUACCAAAGGAAGCCGAGUGAGCCGGGCGGAAGAGGCACUGGCCCACAUGGGUAGUUCUGUAUUCAGUGGAAUCACACUUACGAAAUUUGGAGGGAUCGUGGUGUUGGCCUUUGCUAAAUCUCAAAUUUUUGAGAUAUUUUACUUCAGGAUGUACUUAGCCAUGGUCUUACUCGGAGCCACUCAUGGACUAAUAUUUCUUCCCGUCUUACUCAGUUACAUAGGGCCGUCGGUGAAUAAAGCUAAGAGACAUACCACUUAUGAGCGCUACAGAGGGACAGAGAGAGAACGGCUCCUCAAUUUUUAGCCUUGUAGCAGGCUUUGGUGACUGUGUUUAUGGAUAGGUCACGUUUACUGCAAGACAGCUGCACUGUCAAGACUGAGCUGGCUUCUGGCUGUUCCCAGGAGUCAGGCUGUGUCAGAGCUGUGUCACAUGCAGCUCUGCCCACGCUUUUAAACUCAGGAAUGCACACCUAACUUGUGAAGCAGUAUUAUGGAUCUGAAAGCAGCAAUCGCCAGCCCCUACUGGCGCACCAGGAGGAACCUCAUCUUGGGUACAAGGAAGGAUAGUUCUGUCACUUUAAUUUUCUUCAAUGCCUACUUUUAGUGAAGGUCAUUAAACACUUUAACCUCCCUUCUAGCCCACCACCAACCAGAGAUAGUGGGAAAGAAAGGAUACAGGGGAAGUGGACCUGUUCUUUGGAGCAGAUCCUGUCUGCAUUAUCAGGAAACCAGCAAUUCAGUUCACAGGUCAGCAGGCAGCUCCACCCACUCGCAAACACUUCACGGAUACACCAGCAGUGUUGGGGUAGGAACAGCCAGGCCUCAGCAGGAGGGACCAGGGCCGACAGGAACACCAGAAGUUCUUGGCUGUUCCCCUCUCAGCAAAGACUGGAGACCAACAAACAUUACACAGCUAGCUCUAUAUUCUCUCUGUGGAGUCCCAACAAAUGGAGCUCAACUACACAAUAUAAGGCAGACCAACCAAUCCAUGCCUGUCAUUCACGUGUCCUGUGCUUGCUUUAGGGAAACAGUCCUUCACAAGUCUGCCUUUCACCUGUGUCUGCUUCAGCAAAAUGUUCUUUCACAUUUGCCCCAGCAAAACACCAUCCAACACAACUGACUUUCCAAAGAACCCUUAAGUUUCCAUUUCACAGUGGCAAUAACUGUGACCUGAUCCCCAGUUCUGAAAAGCCAGCCCACAUGCUGUCUCCUUUUUUCGGGAGUUAGCAACAUUUGAGGAUGUUGUAGGUACUUUAUUACAUUUUUUGUAGUUUAAAGAGCUUUAUUAAUGCAAUAAAUUAACUUUGUACAUUUUUAUAUUUAAAAAAAAGACUAUUAAGGGACUUCAGAAUGUUGUAGGCCUCAUUAGAGCUUGUUCUCCAAAAACCUGCUUGAAAAAGGCAACGUGUUCUUCACAGUGUUCUCCUGUAGGGACAAUGCAGCUCAAUCAGCAGCUCGUUAGGGCACGGGAAGGCAGAAUGCAGGCAACGCUCAUGGAUUUUAACUUAUUUUUCUUUAAUAAAAUACCUCCUCCUCCA